CACCACACAGCAGUUGCCAGCACAUAGCAGUAGCCACCGCUCCGCGCCAGCCGAGCAGGGUUGUGCACACGAGGCCCAUCCGUUGGGUCCAGGCCUUCACAGCUGGAAGCUCGGGUUCGUAAAUCCGGGCGCGCGCGGACAGGCAGCCGUCGCACACCCUUCCUGAGGGCUCCUCUGCACUUGACGAAACGCCUUCACCACAGUGAUCCGCGAUCCAAGACUCCGGUGUCGGAAUCGCGGCUGGAGCUGCAAUCACGGCCGCGCGAGCGAGCAGCGGACGCCGCCAUGGUGCCCAAUCCGGACCCGCCCGGCAAGUGCUCCACCCGCUGCAGGGGCUGCUGCUCGCCGUGCCAGCCCACGGCGGGUGGGGGGCAGGGGCGGGUGCAGCAGCUUCAGUACAAGCGCAGGCGAGUGGUCUGUAGCAGCACCAGCAGCAGUGGCAAUGGCAGUGGCAGUGGCAGUGGCAGCAGCUGGAGCGGCAGGAGCGGCAGUGGGCAGUCGUCGAGCGCCUCGGGCAGUGAGAGGUGGGAGAGCCAUGGCACGGGUGGUGGCGGGCAUGAGGGCCAGCAGGAGCAGGUGCUGCAGGCGUGGGGCAGGAUGUACGCGCGGAGGCGUGGGGGGUUGGCGUCCAGAGUGGUGGGUGGGGCAAGAAAGGCUGGAGGGGAGGAGAGCAAAAGGGGAGAAGGGUUUGUCUUGGCGCUCGGGUGUGAUGGCGUGGGUGGGGCGAGGAAUGGUGGUGGUGUGAGGGCGAAAGGGCAGGUGAGGGGACGUGCAGGUGCAGGUGCAGGUGUAGGUGCAGGUGCAGGGAUGCAGGAGAGGAAAGCCAGGGGGAAGGGGAGGAAGACAAGGGGGAAGUGCAGCGCAAGAGGAAGUUCUGAUGGUGGUGCAAGUGGUGGGGAGGAGGAGGAGGAGGAGGCCGAUGAGGAGGAGGCGGAUACGAUGUCUGGUGAUGUUGAUGAUGAGAAAGAUGCUGGGGGGUUGGAUGAGGAGGAUGGGGGGGAAGAGGAGGACGAGGAGCAAGCUGGUGCUCGAGUGAAGAGGGCUCUCAAGCUCUACAGCCUGUUCAACAGGAGAGCUAUCAAGACGGAGGAGGAGCGAGUGACCAAGGAGCGCAAGAGGCUGGGCUUGAUUGGGCCGAAUGGGGAGCGGGUGCCCAAGAGCAAGCUGAAGGGGAAAGCGAGGAAUGCAAAGGCCCCUUCGAAGCGGCCGGACCUUGUUGCCAUCAAAGUGAUGGGGGAGAAAGGUUUGAUGCCCAAGACAAAAACUAUUGGGGCCGUUCCAGGAGUACAUGUGGGCGAUCGUUUUUUCGCGCGAGCAGAGAUGGUGGUGGUGGGCAUGCACACGCACUGGCUCAAAGGCAUCGACUGCGUCCUGCAGAGGGAGAGUCCCUAUGGCAAGUCAAUUGCGGUGGCGGUGGUGGUGUCGGGGAUCUACGAGGACGACAAGGACAAUGCAAACCGCAUCUGGUACACGGGGGAGGGGGGCAACAACCUGCUGGGUUCCCGGAAACAAGUGGCACAUCAAGCUUUAGUGGCUGGGAACCUGGCUCUCAUGAACAGCAUCGAAGUGAAGAACGACGUGCGCGUCAUUCGAGGCCACAACUGCAAGGAGUCCGACACCAAACGGGCGUUCACGUACGAUGGCCUUUACAAGGUGAAGGAGCACACAUACCUGCCGGGGAAGGAAGGCUUCCUUGUCUACAAGUUCCUCCUUGUUCGCAACGCUGGCCAACCGCCUCUCACGUCGGAGCAGGUUCGCUUCAUGCGAGGGCAGAUUCCAACGAGCGCCAACAAAGCAUCCGAUGUUGUGUGCGCGGACCUCUCAAAGGGCAUGGAGCGAGUGCCUGUCGUGGUCACCAAUUGCAUUGACAAGCCGCCCACCAUGCCCCCCGCCUUCCAGUACGUCAUGGCGAACAUCAUGCCGGAGGGGCUCACGCUGCACGGAGGGGCGCACUCGUGCCACUGCAAGGGGGCGUGCACCAAUGAGAGCAAGUGCGCAUGCGCCAAGAGGAACAAGGACGGCUUUUCUUAUGUGCAAGGGGGGAGGUUGAUCAAGGCACGGGGCAUUGUGAUGGAGUGUGGCCCAUCGUGUGCAUGCGGCCCUCAAUGCAUCAAUCGUGUCGGCCAACGCGGCUUGCGCUUCCGUCUCGAGGUGUACAAGACCUCUCAUAAGGGCUGGGCGGUGCGGUCAUGGGACUUCAUCCCAGCGGGCGCGGUGGUGUGCGAGUACGUGGGCGAGGUGCUGCCGUACGAGCAGGUCAACCAUGUGGACAACGACACCUACGUGCUCAGCAUCGACACUGUGCGCACUGCCAAGCUUGGCACGCAAGGCAGAGAUCCCAUGUUUGAGGACUUGGAGCAUCUCCUGGAGGAGCAGGCCACGGCAAAGCUGGGCGCCAAAGGGGCAAAGCGAAGAAAGGCAGGCGAGGAGGGCGAGCAUGAGGAGGUGCACUACGCCAUCGACGGGCACAAGCACGGCAACGUGGCGCGCUUCAUCAACCACAGCUGCUCGCCCAACCUCUUCUACCAGUCCGCCCUCUGGGACCACAAGCACCCCGAGCUCUCCCACCUCCUGCUCGUUGCGUCGGAGAAUAUUCCUCCACUCACUGAACUGACCUACGACUACAACUACGAGAUUGGGAGUGUGAUGGACGAAAGUGGGAAGGUCAAGCAUAUGAAGUGUUGCUGUGGUGCUGGUGACUGUCGGGGUAGGUUGUACUGAUACACGCAGCAGUGAUACACAAGUCUUGCAAAAUGAAGGUCAGAAUGCAUGUGCCAGUUGAGGGAGCGUUUGAAUCGUCUAGUGAUUUUGGGGAAUGAGUACAAGCCUCUCUUCGUACAGCUUUGUAGGUGUUAAGAUAGGAGGAAAUGUAUACUUCCUGAUGUAGAAGAGUACAAUAGCAAUCACCUUGCCAAAGUUAAUGUAAAAUGCAGCGAGAUGUUCCCGUAU